AUGGAGUCAGGAUUUAAGAGAUUCUUUCUGCGCAAGAAGAGCAAGAGUAAGCUGGACUUGACCAAAACACCACCUCUAAACACUUUGCUGCAGACUGCCAGAUAUGACGAAUUUGCUGCCGGGCCAGCUCCUACUGUUGGCGCUCGGCCAAUCAAGCCUUCCCAGAAGGGCAUGAGGCGAAAAUCUUUCUCGCAUCUCAGGGCGAAGAGCGUCGGGGCACGGGAGGCCAGGCAGCUGGGGCACAGCAACUCAGAUGCACGGCCGCGAACAGCACCCAACAUCCAGCCGCCUCUUCUGAACGGGUUAGAUCCUUCAAACUCCAGCUACCAAAGUGGCAUAUCCCAAAAUGAGACUCUUGUGCGAUCUGAAAGUAUGCAAACACCACCAAACGUUCCCGAACUGCCAAAAGCCUCAGCUGAGAUGCGAGGGCCAAAAUACUCCGACCUGCUUCAGGCUGCUGUUUUUGCGUCCAAGACAAAAUUACCAUCUGAAGCCAAGCGAACGUCAUUUGAUCGUUACAAUGAGAGUAUUGCAAGUCGGAACUCGAGGUACGCCGGACCACCAGCAAUAUUAAAGAACAAAGGUGUUGUCCGAGAUCCCCCAACCCAUAGAGACAAGAGUGCUCCUCUUACAGACAGCGUGGACACACACGGCGCUAGCUUUGGGGCUAUGAGGGCAUCCCGUGAUGCCAAAAACCCGAGAACUCAUGCAGCCGCUGGAAGACCUGGCACAGGUAUGCCACAAGCUUCUGCUGCGAAAGUCAACGAUAUUGUCCCUGCAGCCACUGCGAAUAACGCAGAAAGGGAGGGCCCGCUAAAGCCUGGAUCCGGAAGCCCCCAGGACAUCGUGCCUCCACUGACACCUAGUGAAAGUCGCCGAUCGAAGAGGAAAAGCAUCAGACAGACUGAUCUUUCGUCACAAUUAGCACCAGCUUUACCAGGGCAACCAGCGCCUUUAGUGCCUCUACUAGAUCCUUCUGCUCGUCUUGCCACUCGCAAGAGAUCCAAGACACUACCAGACCCUGCAAGGCAAGAUAAUGUCCCGGACUGGCGCCGAAUUGGAAAGCCAGCCAUACUCACUCUCAAACCAUUUGAAGCUGGCUCGGGCGAGUUGGCAGCCGCUGAUAGCACGCUCGAUUCCUCUAUCUCGCCUGGCGUGAGUAGUACUCAACCGAACAUCACCAUCGAGGACCUGGUGUCCACUCCUCAGCCUUUGGAUGUCACCUCGGCUGACGUGCCUCCACGCGUGAGCUCUAACAGAUCGAGGCGGAAACGCGACAAGGACAAAGACCAUUCUCGUGAUCUUGUGGGGGGACCGAGAAACAAGGUUUCAGAGGUAGUGCUUCGCGUCAGAAGCGCAAGCCAGGAGAAAGCCACCCCUUCAAGGGAAUUAAUGGACCUGACAGCUGAUGGUCCUGCUAGAAAGGCAGAAGAUGUGAACCAGAAUGAUUACGACAAUGACAGAGAGGAGACCAUAGCUCCAAAGGCGGACCCGCUGCAGGCUUUGCGAGCUUCUGUGGUCUCUGCAAACAGCUAUAUACAGAGGGGGGGAGACGAUGUGAUGCUCGAAGAGAUCCUGCAUCACCGUCCCAGCCAAAGUCAGCCUCAACACGAAAUCGACAGCCACCCUUCGACGCCUGGUGACGUCCAUUUAGGUGCCCAACCUGACAAGAAAGACGAGACUUCUCCUGCCGUCGACUCACACUCGCCAACAGGAACCACUGCUCUGAACCCAGCUUUACAGCCUCCCGCUCUUCACUUAGAUGUGACUCCGAGUGAUUCCAGACCUGCGAAACCUCCACUCAAGCCGUCUGCCGCCAAUGCUUCACCCAAAGUUUCUCAGCAAGAGCCAGCUCUCGGGAGGACGAAUUUGCCAAUUUCAACACACCGCGAAACAUCUUUCUCCUCGGAGGACAUUUUACCGCGUGCCGAAGCCGACACAACACAGCAUCCUUCAUCGACACAAGCUAUUGCCAAGGCGCCUUCCACAAAUUCACCCAGCAAUAAUGACUCAGCAGCAGUUCUCCAGCGCCAUGAAGAUAUCACACCCCCUAGCAGCAUGGAGGAUAGAGUCCCAGCAAUCCUUACCCGAGAUUUUGCUCCUUCCCAAGUACCGCCACGGGGCCGCGCUGGGGAAGUUAUUGGCGGACCUCAAUCAACCGUGGCUCAUGAACUCUGUACCCAGAAGCCGGAGCAGAACAGAAGCAGUCGACGAGGAGGUUCCACACACAUUGGACAAGCGGAGCUCGGAAGUCAACUUUCUGAGCUUGACCGCUCAUUUGCAGCCAAAAAGCAAGCCGCUGCCGAAGCGCUGCUUAAACUACAAGCGUUAAUGGCCAUGCCGACUUGGGACGAGACUAGCACCAUUGACAGCCUCAGGGAGUCUACAAAAAUGCCCAGCCAUUGGCGAAACCUGUCGAUUGAGGACGGUAGUCCUGUUGCACCAAGUGACAUCUUCAAAAGGGUAAAGAUGCCUAUCCUAUCACCACCACUCUCCCGACAUUCAACCCUUUCGAGUCAACAGGGGCGAGGCGUCAGAGAAAAUCCUGAGAGACCGAUGAAUGGAAGAGCGGAGGGGACUUCGACUGCCCCUCCCGAUGCAGAUCUGGGUAACGUAUCGUCCAUCCAAGUGCAGGAAGAGCAUGUCAUUACGAGCACAGUACCACUAGAGUCAUCCGAACAACUUCAGAACAAGCGGAGGGGCAGGAGCGACACAGCUUCCUCUCACGCGAGGGGAUCUCAUUCGCGGAUGGGCAGUAUGGUGUCAGCUAUGAGUGGGACGAGUGCACAUAGCCUGCCUUACCACAUGGUCCCAGCCAGAAGCAGCAGUAUGAGGGACAGUGAUAGCGGCGCUGGCGAUGUGGGCGAGUCGCCGAAGUUUCGUGUUGGGGAGCUUGGAUGGCAUUGA